GCCUCAAUGCACCUCGCUUCACCGAAUUCCGCACCCAAGCGUCCCGAUUGGCUACAUCGCUACCCAGGACCACCAUGCUGGGUAGUUAUCCUUGUUCCGAGCCCUACUGAAAUCAGGAGGCAGUUCGUAAAGAACCAUGAUGCUAUGACUAACCGAACUUUUUGACCGCUUCAAUUCCAGAUUCAUGAUGUGUUGCUGUGCAUUGGAGUCCUCAAUCAACUGAGCGAGGAAGAUGUAUAAAGAGACAAAGCUCACCAAGGUAGGGGAUAUGAAGAAGGGCAGCAUCAUCAUCUCAUUACACGUCAAUCAAUUUCGAAUUUGAUCAGCACCUUCGCCAUGGUCUUCUCGCGCCUCGCUUCUCUUGUUGCCAUCGCCGGCAUUGUCCAGGCCUGCGAGCAAUGUGUGCACCCAGGCAACUUCACAGGAACUGUGGCAUGGUACAACAACUUCACCAACAUCUGCCUUGGCUCAGUGCCAACCAUCGCUGCCGCCACUCCUCACCACUUCUGGGAUCCUCGCGAUGAGGCACCCUGCGGCAUGAAGAUCACCGUGAUAAACCCUUACACGGGCCAGCAGGUCGUUGCCACCAUUGCCGGCCAGGAUACCACUCUGGCUGGUGACAACCUACUCCUGAACACUGCCGGCCUGGCUGCUCUCGCACCUGAUGCCAAUCCUAAUCACGUUCCCGGAUACGUAAACUGGACCUUCAACGGCUAGAUUAAAUACAAAAGAGUUCCCGUACAAAAGUUAAACCAAAAUAGUUAAUAUUAUAUCUGUCAUUUGAUAAAU